ACUAAUGGCCAUUGCCUGGACACCCACCUUAUAUAUCACUUAUCUGCAUUUCAUGGCCAGUCUGCUACUGCUAACGUGCAUCCUCCUCCUCUUCUCCUUCUUCAAUAAACGAUGCUUCGGAACUAGCUGAACUUUGCAGUCACGGAUAACAAUGCCAAGUGCUAGCAUGGCAUGAAGGAUGUUGGACUUCACGAGGAUGAGUAGAGAAAUGGCUGACAAGUGUCAACCUUCCUUCAGGAAUCUAAGUGCAUUUGUUUGACAAGGAAUUGAUAUCUUUGGAGGCAUAGGCUUUCUUAAGCAACUCCCUCUCCCUCAUUUCCUUAACCCUUUUAAGAAAAACAGAUUAUCAGAGAGAGUUUUCUUGCAUGGCAAUGGAUUCCUUUCAGACAAUCUUUGAAGCUUCUGCUCUUCCUCAUCAGACUGCACAGGCUCAUGAAACUUUGAAGAAGAUGGAUCCAAACCCACCAUUCAUGAGCACAUACAAGCAACUUCUGAAGGCCCAGCCUUCAUGCAACCAUGACUUAGCUUCUGUGGAGGAGUGUGAGCUCCCACUCAUAGACCUCAGCCUUCUCUACACUGAGAAUGCAUCACGUUGCAAGAGAGAGAUUGCUGCUGCUUCUCAGAACUGGGGUUUCUUUCAGGUAGUAAACCAUGGUAUCUCCAGUGAACUUCUUCACAGGAUAAGAUCAGAGCAAGUUAAACUUUUCAGGCAGCCAUUUGAGAACAAGUGUAAGGACUUCUCAGCUGAUGCUUACAGAUGGGGUACCCCCACAGCGACUUCUCUCCAUCAACUUUCCUGGUCUGAAGCUUAUCAUAUCCCUCUCUGCCAAUCUACUGAUCUUUCCAAGCACAACACCAUUAUCAGCAGAUUAACAAUUGAAGAGCUUGCGGUAUCACUGUCAAGCUUGGCACAUUUGCUGGGAGGAGUGUUAGCAGAGGAACUGGGAGGAGAUGGUGCAUACUUUGAAAGGAACUGCAACAGAGAGACAUGUUAUCUCCGGCUAAACCGAUAUCCACUGUGCCCGGUGCCGGGAGGAUUGUUCGGUUUGGUCCCGCACACAGACAGUGACUUCUUGACAAUUUUAUGCCAGGAUGAAGUGGGUGGUUUGCAGUUGAUGAAGGAUGGGAGAUGGAUCACUGUCAAGCCUAAUCCCUCUGCUCUGGUUGUCAACAUUGGUGACUUGUUUCAGGCAUGGAGCAAUGGAAUGUACAAGAGUGUGGAACAUAGAGUGAUAUCAAAUGAAAGUGAAGAGAGGUUUUCAGUGGCUUACUUUAUGUGUCCAUCUUAUGAUAGCAUGAUAGAGAGUGAAGCAGAGAAAAGCAUUUAUAGAAGGUUUAGCUUUAGAGAGUACAGACAGCAAGUGCAGGAGGAUGUUAAAAUGGUUGGUUACAAAGUGGGGCUCUCAAGGUUUCUUGUUGGAGGGGCAUGAGAGUGGUAGUUGAGGCUUUACUGUCCUGGAGAUGGAUUAGUUGAAAGGUCUUAGUUUUAAUUUAUUAAUAGUCCCUGUUUCCUUUUUUUAACUUUUACUUAAUUUGCUCUGUUUGGCACUAGUAUUAGUGGCUACUCACUUUUACUCUAUCUUGGGUGGAAAUAUUCUCUUUCGAAAAGUAA